AUGAGCCAACCUCGAAAACCUCCUCCACUGAUGUUCAUCGUGGGCGACGCGAAGAACCCCUCGCGGACCACCAAAGCCGUCAAGUCGGCAAAGACGUCGCACAUCUCGUCGCGCUACCGAUACUGGAACAAGGCAAACCACCAGGACCUCGCGCUCGACUCGACCACCAAGGCCAUCUUGACCGGCACAUCGUCCUACCUGCAGAGACUGUCCACGGCCAACUAUACCAAGACACCUCUGGCACUCCCAAACAACGACGACGAGACGGAGCAGGACUACAAAGAGGGCACUACCGCUGACGAAAACAAUGCUCUUGUAUCCACGGCAGCAGGCUAUGCAGCCACCUCGCAGAAGCCCUACUUGGCCAUCAAACCCUGGGAGCGCGCCCUCAGAGAAUACGAACAGUGGUCCGCCUCGCCCUUGACCUUGCUGGGGUCGCAAUUCUUCGAUGUCUUCACCCCUUCCACUGCCUUGAGCUACGAUGCUGAAAUCAAAGCCAACCUCUAUUUUUAUUUUUGGAUCAUCAGGCCGUUCGCGACUCAUCUGCUGCAGUCGUGGAAGUGGCUCGACAACUUGUCCCAGAUCCAGGCUUCCCCCUGUCUAACCUAUGCCGUGGCCACAUAUGCUUCUGUGUUUCUCUCCGGAAUGCUCAGAGGGGGCCCUGGUGUGGUGCUUCCUCCACCUACCGACAACGGUCAGAACUCGCCGUGGCAGAUACCGCCAUGGCUGCGUCUGCAUACGAGGUGUCUCGCCGAGCUCAAUGCCGUUCUGCGUGACCCGAAGCAGGUCGUCGAUGACUCAUGCUAUCAGGCUAUCCUUUUCCUGUAUCGGCUGUCGGUGUUACUGGCCGAUGGUGAAAGCGGCAGAAUGCAUCUCCAGGCGCUUAAACGCAUGUCCUUGCUCCUCGCUACCGAUGGAGCUUCUUUGGAAACCGAAUUGGCUGUGUCCAAAAUCAACAUCAUCGGCGCAUUCCUCCAUAGCCGCUCAGUCGUUGUCGUUCGCAAGGCGCAGCCCAAAACCCAAGGUUGCCGAACAGAAAUCAUCGAGAUUGACAGGCAGUUCUGGAAAUCCGACCGAGAGUGGUAUUCCCACCGAGCGCAUCUGGCGGGCCGCAUGUUGGCCUGGCGCCCCGAAAGUCCCAGCUCCAGCCUCCUACCGGAUAGUGCGACGGCAAUUUCGCGCAUGGACCCCGAUAGCAGCCGGUUACUGGGCGAGCCAGAGCAUCUCGAGAUGCAGCGGUGUUAUCAGAUUGCCCUGUUCUUCUGGAUGUAUCUGAAUGCAAUCAGCUUCAACACCUCUGCGCUCAUUGUUCGCUCCAACCUGCUCGAACUGCAGUACCGCCUCUCAAACAUGGAUCUCCCAACCAUGUGUUCCAUCUGUCGCACCACACUCUUCAAUAUUCUGUUGGCGGGUUCCCUUGCAUCUCGGAACCAACCCGAAAGAUGGUGGUUCGUGCAGCAGAUUGUCUGGUUCUACCCGGACAUCCAGCAUCUCGACACUGUCUGGCAGCUAUUGGCCGAGUUCUUCGACCCCUUGUCGGUCAACUUCAAAUUCGUCAAGGAGAUGUGGGAGGAUAUAGUGAGGGCAAGAAGAACCGUCACAGAGUCCACCGCUCCCCUAGAAGACGGCCAGCUGGUCAAGCCAAUCAAGCAUUUCCGACCGACUUCAUACACACCAGACCUAUCAAACCCCCUUCCGAUUCUUGAGCUUGACGACACGGAGGCGCCGUCACUGGAAAAGACCCUACACAAGGCGCCCACCCGGCGUCGGUGA